GGCGCCGUGGGGACGGGCAAGAAGACGGCAGCGACGCUCAUCUGCCGUCUACUCCGCGCACUCGGUGUCGUGCGCGGUUCCGUCACCACGGAGACGACACUCGACCAAAUGGUCCUCGACGGGACGCACAUUGGGUGGACGUGCCCGCAGGUCAAGGAGAUGGUCGCCGCCUCGAUGGGCGGCUGCCUCUUCCUCGACGAGGCGUACGCACUAUCCGGCUCGCGUGACGGCGACCGAGGCGACUCGUUUGCCGACGAGGCGCUUCGCACGCUGCUGACGGAGCUCGAAAACAACCGCACCUCGCUUUGCUGCGUCCUUGCCGGCUACCCGGAGGCGAUGGAGCGGCUGCUGCGGGCCGACCCUGGUCUGCUGCGCCGCUUCCCGCACAUCCUGCGCCUUGAUGAUUAUGCCCCCUCCGAGCUGGCCGCCAUC